AUGCGCUCGCUCAUUGGCGCAGGCCCUCGCUCCUCCGGGCCCAUCUGGUGGAGUCUGUCAGCCGCCCUUCCCCGCAUCCAGCCUGCUCUGGGCAGCAGCCAAGGGCCCAGCAGCGUCCCCGUCCCUCUGCAGGUGUCUGCCUCGUCUGGUGCCCGUCCGGCGGGGGACGAGGGGCUGCCGCCCUCAGGCAACGCACCUGCCCGGAGCCCAGCAGUGCCCCAGCCCAGUGACGCUGCCCGGGAGGAGAGCCUGCCCUUCGUGCUGGACCUGCAGAGCUUGCCGGGGCUGGCCAACGUGGACCUGAGCGCCCAGAACCCCAACAUCCAGGUAACCAUCGAAGUGGUGGAUGAUCCUCAGGCCGAGAUGGAGAUGGACUUGUUGAAGGAGACAAGCAAUGACUGGUCCCUCACGUCCUCUGAGUGGUUGUCCCACAAGGACCUCUUCUGGCCCCUCUUCUGGGAAUACACUGACCCCACUGAGGAGGAGGAGGAUGAGGAAGAGGAUGACAACCUGGAUGUCGGGGACAGGGAGGAGGAAGAGGAGGAGGAGGAAGAGGAGGAAGAUUACACAGCAGAAUAUGAAGAGGAGGAGGAGUCCAUGCUCAGUGGAGUGGGAGGUGACUGGGACCAGCGGUGGCCUGGACGGAAGAACUGGAUCUUUAAAGAAAAAUAUAAUUAUGACUAUGAAGAUGAGGAGGAGUGGAGCCCGUGGUCGCCUUGCAGCAUCACCUGUGGCAGUGGCAACCAGAAGAGGACCCGGUCCUGUGGCUAUGCCUGCACCGCGACGGAGUCAAGGACCUGCGACCUGUCGCGCUGCCCUGGAGCAGAGGGGGAAAUGGUCUUCCCCACAGAGGAGACGCCUUUCAAGAGCGACAACACCACUGAGCUGCUCAACUCAGAUCAUGGAUCAUGA